GUUGAAGACAACAUAAAAAAAAAAAAUUUUAUGCCAAAGAACAUGUUUUCCUCUUCUCUAACCCUCUCCUCCUUCAUAACAUCUUCUUUGUUGUUGUGUUUUUCGACAUAUGUCGAUGGCGAUGGGCAAGAAAGCGGGGGUUUGCAGGGGAAACAUGGCAACAGCUUCUCUGCGUUGUAUGCCUUCGGGGGCUCAUUCACAGACACUGGAAAUGCAUACAUAAUGGGACGCCUUAAAGGAAACUAUGGUGUUACCUGCCAGCGUUCUGGAGGGCGAUUAUGCAAUGGUCGAUUGGCGGUGGACUUUGUGUCUGCGGCCUUCUCUUUGCCAUCUCCACAGCCGUACCUAAAUGCUUCCAAAAACUUCAACUCCGGGGCAGCCACAACUGGUGUCAACUUUGCAAUCGCUGGAUCCACGUCUCUCCAGCACAAAUACUUCACAAAUGAGGAACUUACACACGUUAUCUGGAAAGGCAUACCUAUGACCUUUGAGACACAGAUACACUGGUUCAAAAAUUUCCUGAAAGAAAAGAAUUGCUUGGGUAAACACGCCAUCCGUUGCAAACAAGAGUUCAAGAAUGCACUCUUCUGGGUCGGUCCAAUGGGCAUCAGUGACUACUAUAGUAUUCAGGGUUCAUCCAUUGCUCACAAGUGGCUCACACAGUUAUCUAUUGAAGAGUUCACAAAACUUAUCAAGGCAUUGAUAAAUGCUGGAGCAAAGUAUAUAGUAGCAGAAAGCUUACCGCCACUGGGGUGCCUUCCUCUAAGUAUCUCGUCAUUCGAGCCACGUAAACUGGACCAAAUGGGAUGUGUUGCUCCUGUCAACUCGGCAAUAAAGCUACACAAUGAAAUACUUCAAAGCAAAGUGAGAGAACUGCGCAGGGAGUGCUGGGACUGUGCAAUCCUAUAUGCAGACUUCUGGAAAGCAUACGAAACAAUAGUGACGAACCCUGCAAAGUACCAGUUGGAAGAUACUAAGAAAGCAUGUUGCGGAACUGGCAAAGGAGAUCUCAACUUCGACCCGAAUACGGUGUGUGGCGCCCCCACCACAUCCGCAUGCACAGACCCUGCAAAAUACGUAAGUUGGGAUGGUAUUCAUAUCACAGAAGCCAUGCAACGACAACUCGCUGAUCUUUACCUCAACCAAAGCUUCUGUGAACCAUCGUUUGAUACGAUGCUUAAACAUAAGAGUAGCAUAUAGAGAGAGAGAGGCAACACAUCAAUAAUCACGCUCUGCUCAAAGUUACCACCCACCCAGAGAGCUAGACUAAAAGAUUUUCAAAAACAAAA